CGCACGCACACACGCACGGUCGCACACACUCUCAGUCUGUGCCUCGCCGAGCUCCAGUCAACUUCCACGCCGCUGCGUGGAGGAAGAAGAAGAAGAAGAAGAAGGACCAGUCGGUCGCCAUCAAACUCCGGGCGGCGAAGAGCGACGCGGAGCCUCGGCGUGGAUCACUAGCGGCUCCUUCCCGCCACCUUCCACCUUCCACCGCCAGCUCCGGGGGUGGCGGCGGCGUCACGCGUGGACUCAGGCCGGCCCGGGAAGGCGCUGCUCGGCGGGCAUGGCUUCACCUCCGUGCGGCCACGGCAACUUCGACUCCGGCCUGGAAAUAAAAACCCGCUCGGUGGAGCAGACUCUGAUCCCGCUGGUGUCUCAGAUCACCACGCUCAUCAACCACAAGGACCGGCCCAAAAAGUCGGAGCGCACCCUGGUGGCCAUCCACCGCGUGGGCCAGGCGGUCAACGCGGCCGUCGGGCGCUUCGUGGCCGUCGGGGAGGCCAUCGCCGCCGAGAACCACGAGCUGAAAGAUGAGAUGGGACACGCCUGCUUCGAAGCCCGCAGAGCCGGGGACGCCAUCGCCCAGCUGACGGACGUAGGCCGGGCGGCGCCCGACGCCCAUGUGACGGUGUUCAGCGACCGCACGGGCAUGGUGAAGGCCGCCCGCCUGCUCCUCUCGUCCGUCACCAAAGUCCUGGUGCUGGCCGACCGCAUCGUCAUCAAGCAGAUCGUCGCCUCACGCAACAAGGUCCUGGUGACCCUGGACCACCUGGAGCGCGUCAGCACCUUCCAGGAGUUUGUGCAGAUCUUCAGCCAGUUUGGCAACGAGAUGGUGGAGUUUGCUCACCUGACCGGAGACAGACAGAACGACUUGAAGGACGAGAAGAAAAAAGCCAAGAUGGCAGCAGCUCGGGCCGUGUUGGAGAAAUGCACCAUGAUGCUGCUGACGGCCUCCAAGACUUGCCUGAGGCACCCGGACUGCGAGUCGGCCAGGAUCAACAAAGACGGCGUCUUCCAGAGGAUGCGCUGCGCCCUGGAGCAGGUCAUCGAGAUCGUGACGGAGGCGCGGAGCGGCGGGGAGAACAAGGUCCUCCCCCCCAGCGUCAGCAGCGGCAUCAGGGACUACAAGGCCAGCGUGGAGUGUCUCCGGGACCACCUGUACGCCUCGCCGCCAGACGGCGUGGGCCGGCGGCUGGAGGCGCUGGUGGAGCGCACGGAGGACUUCACCGACUCGGCCUACACGGGUCACGAGCAGCGCCAGGCCAUCCUGGGCAUGUGCCAGCUGGCCCGCCAGGACGCCCGGCAGCUGCUGCACGCCUGGACCCAAGCGCAGUCGGUCCACGCCGGCGAGGCCACGGACGACUUGGAGGUGGCCAUCGCCAAGUCCUGCCAGAGCGUCGGCGAGCUGGGCCGCGAGCUCCACAAGGUGGCGGUGGGCCGCGCCUUGGACACGCUGAGGGUCCACGGCGAGCAUUCGCCGCUGCGCGCCCUCAAGGCAGCUGGCGGCGAGGGGAACCUGGAGGCGGUGGCGCAGCACUCCAGAACACUGACCGAGCAGAAGGAGCAACUGGUGGAGAAUUGUCGGCUGUUGUGUCAUGUGUCCGGGACGGAGCCGCUGGAGAUAACGUGCUCGCACGCAGAGGAGACCUUCCACGUCAUCGGACCGCAGAUCAUUUCUGCCACCCAAACGUUGGCGCUGCAUCCGUCCAGCAAGAUCGCCAAAGAGAACCUGGAGGUGUUCUGCGAGGCGUGGGAGUCUCAGCUGGGCGACAUGGCGCUGCUCGUCCGCGAGAUCAACGACGUCUUCGAGGGCAAGCGAGGAGACAAACGACCAUAUUUGUCACUUCCUCGACCUGGGAAACACUCUGCCAACAUGAAGACCAACAAGGCUGUCAAGUUGGACGCGGAGGAGCAGAGCAGCAUGGCCAAACUGGGCCUGGAGCUCCGCCUCCUGUCGUCCGACGUGGACGCGGAGGUGGACAAGUGGGAGGAGCAAGAGCACGAGGUGGUGCGCCACAGCCAGAGCCUGGCCAGCAUGGCCUACAACAUGCACCUGUUCACCAGAGGGGAGGGUCUGCUGAAGACCACGCUGGAUCUGUUCCACCAGGCUGAGGUGGUGUCAGAAGAAGGACUGCAGCUGACUUCUUCCCUGCAGGUCUUCUGCACUCAGCUGGUUGGAGAAGAGAAGUCAUGUGUGAUGUGUGAGGUGGACAAACUGGCAGCCAUGUGUCAACAACUGCAAACAGAGGUCAGGACUCCUGCGCAAGGAAAGACUGCCACCUUUCAGAAGGUGGACUCAUCCAUUCAGAAAACCAGAGCUGUGUUGACUGUGGUAGCCAACCUCCUUCCUGUCUGCAACAAGCUGAACAGAAAGCACAAGUCCGAGGGAAGCAGUCUGGGUUCGCCGCAGGACUGGCGAGAGCGCCGUGACGCCUCCACGCCCGUCCACGACAGCGACGACGACUUUGGCGUUAAAUCGUUCGAGCGGCACAUGGCCGGCCUCAACCUGCUGGAGAGCAACUAAGAUUCCAGCCCGAGUGGCUCCGCCCCCCCGACCCUCUUAGCCUACCUCCUUUCAGGUCGCUUCUUGCCUGCAGUUCCAGGUCGCUCCACCAGGUGGUGACAAUCUGCCAAAAAAACAAAAAAAAACAUCCCCGAGCCUGAGCGGUGGACCCAAAUGAUGCUUUUGUGUUUGUUGGCCUUGUCCAAAGUGUUGUGGCUCGCAUGUCAGCUUAAUGUUGUCGUUUUUCUUUGUCCCACUUGGCUUUACUCCGUUACACACUAUGUGCCGUACUAUAAGGACGAAAAUCACAGUUACUUGCCAAAUAUGAGCGUCCUUUCAAGGAUCUUUUAGCUCGCUUAAACGUGUUAUCAAUGAUGUAUUAGCGUUUUUAAAUUGUGCUGGGAAAUAUUAGACACAUGGUGAAGGUACUUAGGCAGAAUGUGCGUGAAAGUUUCUGACUGGAUGUUGCCGCUAAGAAUGCUGGGUAAUGUAGUGACAGGCGGGACGGGAAAUCAUAGCUCUAGUUUUUGGACCCAUCUAUUCUUUUGACAAGAUGAUGUAAUUAAAAAAAAAACUAGACAUGAAUUAAUAAACAAUAUUUUUUAUUAA